GGUUUUGCGUUACACUUCUCUUCUGUCGUGUAGGUGGGCGUAGUUUUAGCAGAGAAUCGGUCGAACCAGGGAGGUGGAUGGUGUUUGUGAGACCGUUGGGGAUGCUAGUGAAGUUGGGCUUUGUUGUGUCGGGGGUGCGAUUUACCCAUCUCGGAGCGUAAUUGUGCUCAUCAUACGUUUUUUUUUUUUUUUUUUUUUUUUUCUUUCUUUUUCUCUCUCUCUUGUGUUGGUUUCCGUUCAACGUUUGGUGUGCAUUAGUCAGGGCGAGGUGUCACGCUUGAUGUUUUCUCGGCUCGUCGUGUUAAGAUCGAAGUAGGUCCUUUGGCUUGAAGACUCACAUACGCGUGAAGAGGUUUGACAACUGCAAAUCCCAGUGCGCGAAGAGAUAUGGCAGGACAUGUACAAGAAGCAGUACCUCAGCCAUUGGCUGUUAAACGUGGUGCAGAGGCAGAACUAGAGCCCGCCCCAGUAGCGAAACGUCCUGCCGAAGAUCCGGAACGGAAUCAACACGCAAAACUCACGGACGUGACUCCUAAUGCGACCCAGAGAGAAGAGGAAAACAAGAUAGAGGCAUCUCCUGCAGCCCUCUCAGAAAAUGGGAAACCAUCUGCAGAGCAUCAACACGGAAGUGGUGAGGUGGGCAAUGGAAGUAAUGCUGAGGACCUGCAGGCCGGUGCUCACCUGGAAGCGCAGAAUGGAGAAGAGGAUGCGGCAGGAAAUGGGCCAAGUUCUGCCGCAGUGACCUCGCAAUCGGCUACAAAGGCUGCUGCAGCUCAGGAGAAGCAAUUGAAAUGUGAAGAAGCGCUGCCAACUCCUGUUGAUGGAGCUCCAGUACACAAAAACACCAUCAAGCCGGUGAUCGCGGAGGCAUCUGAGACAGCCUCUGCUGCAAAAUCUGCAGGUGACAAUAUGUUAAGUGUAGAACAAGCAGCAGAUACUGCACCACAAGCCCCAGCUUUGUCAGCUGAGGAGAUCACUGAGGCAGCAACAGUGGAAAAACCUGAAGAUGCGCGAACUGCUUCUGAAGCUCUUCCCGCUUUGGCAACUCCACUUCCAGCCGCAGUGUCUCCACCUCCAAAGGCCACGCCCUCUCUGACCCCUGUCGCAGGACUAGCUGGGGAGGCCGUGUGUCUUCCUCCGCUGCCCCACUCAGCGUUGGCUGAGUCUAUAGUAAGCAUCUCCCCUCAAGCAAUGGGGAAUUCAAAAUCUGCAUGUGUGCUCCCACCGCAGUCCACUCCGGAGCCUCUAGAACAGCGAGACCCAGAUAGAACCACGCCACUGGUUCUGUCGGUUGGCCCAAUUGCAGCACCCAUGGAGUAAGAGACUAUUCUUCAGGUUUUUGGCGAUUUUGUUUAAAAGUGUGUGGGUUCUAGUUCUUUAGCAUCACGCUCGAAAAUUUUGUUUCUUUUUUAUUUUUGAAUUUUGAUUUUUUUUUGAGAUAUACUGGAAGCAUGAGGUCGCUUCAUCGAUAUUCUCUAGACUGGUCGGUAUGUGUGUUCAAGGAUUUCUCCAAUUCGAUUCAAACUGCUGCGGCGUAUCUUCUCCCUAAACCAAUCUAAUAGCUUUCACAGAUUUUUGUUUGGAACACAUGAAUCAGAAUCUGAAAUUAUUUUUCAACAUUUGAUCUUAUGAUUUAUAUUCCAAGUUCAACGUGUUAUCAUUGAAA